CUCUCCCUUACUCACCCCUCACGCGAUAAAACCAAAGAAAUUUCUCAUUUUCUACCAAUAUUGGCCACCGUAUCCCAAGAACAAGCGCUUACUUCCUCUCCUUCAAAUGUUUCCGAUGACAGCCAACCAACUGAGACACAAGCUGAAGAAUUUUCUCGAACCAGGUUGCUUGCUCAGAACCUACCUUGGACUAGCACUCCUGAAGACGUUCGUUCUUUGUUCGAGAGGCAUGGAAGAGUCCUAGAUGUUGAGCUAUCGAUGUAUAACAAGACGAGAAACAGGGGUUUGGCGUUCGUUGAAAUGGGCUCGGAAGAAGAGGCUCUUGCGGCUCUGAAUAGUCUCGAAUCGUAUGAAUACGAAGGGCGUAUACUGAGACUGGCAUAUGCUAGGCCGAAAAAGAAGAAAGCUCCACCUCCUGUGCAGCAGAAGACAGUAACAUUUAACAUAUUCGUUGGAAAUUUGUCCUAUGAAGCAAGGGCUAAAGAUCUCAGGGAGUUUUUUGAUUCAGGAAGUGGUAGUGUUGUUUCUGCCGAGGUUAUAUUUCAUGACAACCCUAGAAAGUCCGCUGGUUAUGGAUUUGUAUCAUUCAAGUCUAAGAGAGAAGCUGAGGCCGCCCUUUCUGAGUUCCAAGGGAAGAAUUUUAUGGGAAGGCCAAUCAGGGUGGCGCGUAGUAAGCAGUUUGUUAAACAACCAGUAGAGGAGAGUGCGAGGUCUGAAGAUGAAUCUUCUGAGACCAGCGUGAAUGGGGUAGAAGCAGAUAAAGCUGAUUGACACCAUCUUACACUAUUGAUGUUGUGGUUUGCAAUGUACCCUUAUAAACAGAGACCCAUUUGUUACAAGGAUUGAAUCAAUAUGUCUGGUGUUUAAUUAUAACUGUAAUAUGACGGCGUUCAUUCUGCUUUGUAUUAUUUAUUUGUGGUUGCGGGUUGAAGCUCUUUCCUGAAUGCAAGCCUCAAAGGCUCAAUGCAACUAUGACAUGCCGUUACUAUUCAUAGCUCCAAGAAAGAGUUUGCAUUUCCGUAGUUCACUGUGAAAAAAUGGAAACAAAAGAGGAUUCUGAGGGCCAUGUUAGACGAAGCAGCGUCGUGAUUUGCCGAUUGUUUGAGCUGCUAGGAACUUUGACCAAUCACGAAAACCACUGCAUUUAAAUGUCCUGUAAAUUCUGUGCGUCCUGCUUGGUUUGAAGUCGCUAUAUGCUAUAUUCUUAAA